AUGCCGGCGAUUGCCAGAAAUUAUAGGUAUAAAGUGCGGAGGGCACGAGUGUACACUAGAGAACUUGAAGGACCUGACGGAGAUGUUGUCAUGGGGGAACCAGAUGAUCCCGUCUACUACCGCCCAGCUGAGUAUGGCGACCGUCUGCCCUUUCGCUGGGCGCUUAAAGACCUUGAGCUAUCCCGUCCAACAAACCCUUUCAUCUUUCAUGAACCAAGGCCGAAGACGAAGCACUACUACCGAUCGAUAUCACCUUUCGACCAACUACCCAAUGAGCUCCUCUGCGAUAUUUUCUUGAAAUUCCUAGAAGAUCAACACGAACGGUUCCCAGCCAAGAAUCCUUUCAAAUUGCAAUAUCCACCGAAUCGUAAACCUUUUGUGGAUCCCUCAAUUUUGGUUAUGGUGUGCCAUCGGUGGCGGCGUGUAGCCCUCUUUCUCCCGGCUCUUUGGUCGACGAUCCGCAUCUCAUCUCCUAAUCUCGUCCACACGCAACGCCUUCGACGAUGGCUGGAUAAUUCCCGUGGCCGGUUGCUCUAUCUUUUCCUCCACGAUCGUGGUGACUCCAACGCGAUGACAGCUACUAUUUUGAAUCUCUUCCUCGAACACAGAGAGCGGUGGAGAGUUGUUGAUUUUUCUGCGGAACUCCGCGAUGGACUCUCGUCCCCAAUCUACGUCCCUAUCGCUGCUUUUACGCAGGGCUUGUCACCCGCAUCGUAUCGGAGGCUUCUAUCCGCUUCGAUCAACAUCCCUUCCACGCAACCUGCUCUAACCUUCCCUCCACAAAACCGUACAAGCCCUCUCGUCCAUAUAAGACUGGACGUGCUGCGCAACAUGUGGCUAGCGAUACACGAAGCACCAAAGUUGCGCUACGUCAAAUGGGGCAUAUUCUGGAUGACCACCCGGCCACGCCCCGCACCGGGCUUUAGCAGCAAUUUCAGCGAAAUCUGCAUCUCUCAUGUCAUCGGCACCGUCGAUAUCAUGAAGUUCUUGCAGAGCUUUCCUUGCCUGGAAGUUUUUGAAGCGCCUCGGAUCGCGGACCCUACAAAAGCAUUGCAAUUUCCAACGACGCAUGUUCACUGUCCUUCGCUUAGAAGCUUGACGAUCUCGUCGUGGCUGGACACUGAUCCUUUCUUUCGGAGCUUCGAUGCACCUGCGCUGAAGCGUUUCUCGGCAUCUUUCAAAGAUACUGCCAUUCCUUUCCCCAUGGACGCCCUAGGCGAUUUUUUUGCGAGGUCAAAGUCCAUGAUAGAGUACUUAUCUCUUGACGGCGAGCAUCCAGAGGAGGAUUACGUCCAAUUUAUGACCCUUAAAGCACUACAGAACAUAAAAGUUCUGCGGGCCCAUUUUAGAGCUUCCGAUGCAAGCAUCUCUUUGUUCACAUCCACGACGAGGACCCACACAUCCGGUUUCCGCAUCUGCACGACAAUGCUAUGA